AUGCGCGAAAAGCUAACGGAGGAUUUGGUGGCGCUCCAGGAGACUACAGUUGAAGAACCGUAUAGCAUAUCAUGCCGUCUGCGGCUCGCAAAAGCGUAUCAGGUACUUGGAUAUCCAGAUCUCGCCGCCGGCGAUGCCUAUAAAGCCUUGAUGUUGGUGGACGAAGUAGUCCAAGAAGGCGAAUACCACGACGAAGCCUUGCAGGCAGCUUGGGCGGAUGUCAUCUCCGAACGCAUGGCAGACUUGAACAUAAGCGAUGAAACAAGAACCUCUCCUUUGAAAGAGGAAGACAUAUUGACAUGGGCGCAAACGCGAUGGUCUAAGAGCGCUCAUGAAAUACUCAUCGGAUGCCUAUUGAACUGUGGAUGCCUUCGGAGUGCAUCUGACUAUAUCGCUCGUGCGAGAAAGGCUUUUCCACAAGAACUAAUGUUCGAAGACUACGAGAAAACGCUAUGGAAAUAUUUGCGAUCUCACUUUGAGCGUGAAGGAGAGUCUGCCGAGGAUGUAGAUGUAGAAGACUAUCCGGAUAGAGGCUUUGUUCGCCGCGAACAGUACCCUUGGAACCACCAUGAGCCGAAUCGUUUCUCGACCGAGUGUCUCGACUUUCUUAACGAGGAGCUCGCGGAUAUAGCACCGAGACUAGAGGUUAGGGUCUCUGAGUUGCCUAUACUCAGUACCGCCUUGAUCGCUGAUGCAACAACACCGGAAACGAAAUACACGAAGCAACUAGGAUUAUUUGCAAAAGACAAAAUAUCCCCCGGCGAGACUGUCCUAGAGGAGAAGUCGUUACUUACCGCUAUAUCAAGACUUUAUGAGUCAUAUUGCGAUGCUUGUGUUAUGCCACUUUCGAACGGAGAUGAUACAGUAAUAUCUUGCGAAGAAUGUGACGAAGUCUUCUUCUGCAGUGAAGAAUGUCAUGACCUAGCCCAGGACCACUACCAUCCCGCGCUAUGUGGUGUCAGCGUAGAUCAGGGGAAGGUGCCUGCACGUGAAGCGGCAGACUAUCUCUAUUACCUUCUACUUGUCCGCGCACUAGCAUUAGCCGAAACUCAGGAUCUUCAUCCCCUGGAGUUGAAAGAAUUGCGGUAUAUUUGGGGCGACUACCAUGGUAAAGACCUCGACGUUGUAUGGCAGGCGGACUCUUCAGGUCGCCUAAGCGACGCAUUCGCAGGGGUACCGCAAACACUUCCCUUUUCAUUCAAGAGCAACAUACUCAUGCCGUUGCACAUUCUAGAGAAGAUGGACAUCAACAUCUUCACGCAGAGUCACCGCUACGAUACCUGGAUUUUCAACACGCUAUAUGCGAAAUUCCGUGGAACAGCCUCCGCUCGACAGGGCCUCGACGGCAGGCCUGAGAUCAGCGCUGUUCACCCAAUGUGGUGCCUCGCGAAUCAUAGCUGUGAUCCGAACGUCGCCUGGGAAUGGCGUGGCUCAAUGCGUUUUUGGGCCCGUGAGGAGUUGGUUGAUUGGAAGGGUAGAGACCCGAGCGUAAGGCCUGGCCUCAAGAAGGAUGAAGAGGUGUUUGGCCACUACUGCGACAUACGUCUGUCAGUCAAGGAUAGGCGAGAGUGGGCCUCGGGAGCACUCGGUGGAGACUGCAUGUGUGCUAGAUGCGUCUGGGAAGAGGCGGAGGAACGGAAGAACGGUGCUUUGCAAUAA